AUGAAGUCAUCUGUGGCCUUCAUCGCGGCGCUGACGGGCAUGCUGGGCAACAUCAUCACCGACACGGAAGCACUUCGGGUGCUUACCCCGGCGGUGGCUGAGACAGUCGUGUCAGACAUGCCGUACAUCGUGUCGUGGAAAGGCGCAUCACCGGAUGACCGUUUCGAGAUCGACCUGCACUACUGCGGCUCGUACUCCUUCUGCUUUGAAGAGGCGGACGAAUGCGGCUUCUGGGUAACAAACCUUUGCGCCGAGGGGGACGACGCUUGCAUGAACCAAGACGACCUAAUGUCCCAAGUUACCCUCCCGGAGCCGGUCGAUGGACACUCAAACAGCGGCUACAGAGUCCGGAUUGGGAAGGUCGGAACGGAGACGUUCCGUUGCUCGGACGAGUUUUACCUGAUGAGUUCCGCGGAUGCCAGUGACCAGGACGGGCCGACGAUGGAGGUGGUGGCGCCAUCCUCCGGCGCACUUGCUGUGGCGGGAGCUGUUUACACUGUAGAGUUUGACUACGACAAUGGUUUCGGCGCACAGCAGGGGCGAUUCAAGAUUGACCUCUACCAUGCGGAAGGGACCGGAGACUGCGGUGACUGGGUCAGCUCCGUCUGCGACAAGCCCGACGUCGGCUGCCACGAUACCGAGGGCGACUAUGACAUCGUCAUUCCACGAGACUCCGAGGGAGGAAUGUACAAGAUCCGCGUCGGCUUGUUCGGCGAUGACUCCGUCUUUGCCUGCUCUGCGUCCUUCGAGGUCGUGCCGGAGACCCAGGGCCUCUAGAUGGACUAAGAACCAGGAACGUAGAGCCUAAAGCGCGCAGCGUUGCUGCUACGGUGGUGGUAUGGUGCAGCACGUAGAUGGUGCA